AUGUCGAUGGACGGCCUCGCACGCUUCCAAGCGCUGUUUCGGGGCCAGCGAGCGCGCAAACUCCACGUCACGCGCGUGCAGAAGGAUCUCCCGUGGUCGCCGUAUCUGCCAUGCAAGCCCGACGCCGCGGCCACCAUGUUGGCGCUGGCCAAAGCCGGCCCGACCGACACGCUCCUCGACAUUGGCAGCGGCGACGGCCGCAUCGUCUUUGCCGCUGUCGCGCCGCCGUUUGGCGUUGCAAAAGCGAUUGGCGUCGACAUCGAUGACGCGCUGAUCCGGCACGCGCAAAAGGACCCGCGCUGCACGCCGGCGACGCUCUUCCUCUGGAGCGACUGGGUCGACGUCGAUUUGAGCAGCGUGAGCGUCAUCACGCUCUUCUUCCUGCCGCACAAGAGUAUUGCGUCGCUCCUGCGCGCAAAGUGCAAGCCCGGCACGCGCGUCGUCACGUACGUCUUUCCGAUCGCCGACUGGACGCCAGUGGCCACGGCGACCACGGUCGCGUUCCUCUCGGCGACGGGCACGUCGCCCGUGUACCUGUACCUAGUGCCCUAA